UGUGUGUGAGAGAGAGAGAGAGAGAGUGUGUGUGUGUGUGAGUGAGUGAGUGAGUGAGAGGCGCUCAGGCCUGGUGCUGUACCGCUGGUCGAUUUUAACAAUAGCCGAAGUCUCAGCUUGUAUGUAGCUCUUUACAACACAACACACACACACACGGAUUAACGCCUCACAUGGACGGCGAUUUAACCCCGUUGUAGCACCGAAGGAUUAUUUUUUUUUUUAUCAUUUUUUUCUAAACUGCUAGGUUUUUUUUACACCUGGGAAAAACACAAUAGGAGAUAAAAUGUCUAACAGCGCUACAGGAAGCGGAGGACUGAACGGUUUGACCUUCUUUGACAAGAACAAUGGCUCCAAGAGAGAGGAGGCGAACGGUGAAGGCGGGAAGAGCGAGCUUCCCAGGAAAGAGAGCUCUAAGAAGAUGUCUGUGGAGCGUGUGUACCAGAAGAAAACUCAGCUGGAGCACAUCCUUCUCCGUCCAGACACUUACAUCGGCUCAGUGGAGCCUGUCACUCAGCAAAUGUGGGUUUUCGACGAAGAGAUUGGAAUGAACUUGCGAGAGAUCACUUACGUUCCUGGACUGUAUAAAAUCUUUGAUGAAAUUCUCGUUAAUGCAGCUGACAACAAGCAGCGAGACAAGAACAUGAACACCAUCAAAAUCAGCAUCGAUCCGGAGUCUAAUACCAUCUCCAUAUGGAACAACGGGAAAGGAAUCCCUGUGGUGGAGCACAAAGAGGAGAAGAUGUUCGUCCCUGCUCUUAUCUUCGGACACCUUCUGACCUCCAGUAAUUACGAUGAUGACGAGAAAAAAGUCACAGGUGGAAGGAACGGCUACGGUGCUAAGCUCUGUAACAUAUUCAGUACCAGGUUCACAGUGGAAACUGCCUGCAAAGAGUACAAACACAGCUUCAAACAGUCAUGGCAGAACAACAUGACAAAAACCAGCGAUGCAAAAAUCAAGUCCUUCGACGGGGACGAUUUCACCUCUGUUACAUUCCAGCCCGAUCUCGCCAAAUUCAAGAUGGAUAAACUGGACAAGGAUAUUGUGGCUCUGCUGACGCGCAGGGCCUACGACAUAGCCGGGUCAUGCAAGGGCGUUAAAGUCAUUCUCAACGGCAAGAAGCUGCCUGUGAAUGGCUUCCGCAGCUACGUGGAUCUGUAUGUGAAGGACAAGCUGGACGAGACCGGCGUGGCACUGAAAGUAGUUAACGAGGUGGCGAACGAGCGCUGGGAGGUGUGUCUCACCAUGAGCGAGAAGGGGUUCCAGCAGAUCAGUUUUGUCAACAGCAUCGCCACUACAAAGGGUGGCAGACACAUCGAUUAUGUCGUGGACCAAAUUGUGGCAAAACUCAUUGAGGUGGUAAAGAAGAAGAAUAAAGCAGGAGUUACAGUGAAACCAUUCCAGGUCAAGAACCACAUCUGGGUGUUUGUGAACGCUCUGAUCGAGAACCCGACCUUUGACUCCCAGACUAAAGAGAACAUGACUCUUCAGACCAAAAGCUUUGGCUCUAAAUGUGCUCUCUCCGAAAAAUUCAUAAGAGCGGCUACUAACUGUGGCAUCGUGGAGAGCAUUCUGAACUGGGUAAAGUUCAAGGCUCAGACACAGCUGAAUAAAAAGUGCUCAUCAGUCAAGUACAGCAAGAUUAAAGGCAUCCCUAAACUGGAUGAUGCUAAUGAUGCUGGUGGGAAGCACUCAUCUGAAUGCACUCUGAUUCUUACUGAGGGAGACUCAGCCAAAUCGCUAGCCGUCUCCGGGCUGGGCGUUAUCGGACGAGACCGCUACGGAGUGUUCCCUUUAAGAGGCAAGAUCCUGAAUGUGCGAGAAGCCACACACAAACAGAUCAUGGAGAACGCAGAAAUCAACAACAUCAUAAAGAUUGUCGGUUUGCAGUAUAAGAAGAGUUACGACGACGCCGAGUCCCUGAAAUCUCUACGCUAUGGCAAAAUCAUGAUAAUGACCGAUCAGGAUCAAGAUGGCUCGCACAUCAAGGGCCUUCUCAUCAACUUCUUCCACCACAACUGGCCAUCUCUUCUGAAGCACACGUUUCUGGAAGAAUUCAUCACCCCGAUUGUCAAAGCCACUAAGAACAAACAGGAAGUUUCCUUCUACAGCAUUCCAGAGUUUGAAGAGUGGAAAAAGCAAACAGACAAUUACAAAACCUGGCAUAUAAAGUACUACAAAGGUUUGGGUACCAGCACAAGCAAAGAGGCAAAGGAAUACUUUGCCGAUAUGGAUAGACAUCGGAUUAUGUUCAAGUAUGGAGGCACCGAGGAUGAUGCUGCCAUUACUUUGGCAUUCAGCAAGAAGAAGACAGAUGACAGAAAAGAGUGGCUCACUAAUUUCAUGGAGGACAGGCGGCAGAGGAGGAUGCACGGUCUGCCCGAGCAAUACCUGUAUGGCACUGCAGCACGGCACUUGUCCUACAACGACUUCAUCAACAAAGAGCUGAUUCUUUUCUCCAACUCCGACAACGAGAGAUCCAUUCCAUCCCUUGUCGAUGGUCUGAAGCCAGGCCAGAGGAAGGUCUUGUUUACUUGCCUGAAGAGGAACGAUAAGAGGGAGGUGAAAGUGGCUCAGCUGGCUGGCUCAGUCGCAGAGAUGUCUGCUUACCAUCACGGCGAGCAAGCUCUAAUGAUGACCAUCGUGAACUUGGCUCAGAACUUUGUCGGCAGCAACAAUAUCAACAUCCUGCAGCCCCUUGGUCAGUUUGGUACUCGCAUCAACGGUGGCAAAGAUGCAGCUAGCCCCCGUUACAUUUUCACCAUGCUCAGUCAAGUGACCAAGCUGCUGUUCCCACCCGUGGACUCCAACCUGCUCAAGUUUCUGUACGAUGACAACCAGAAGGUGGAGCCAGAGUGGUACAUUCCUAUAAUUCCCAUGGUGCUAGUUAACGGAGCAGAGGGUAUUGGGACCGGUUGGGCCUGCAAGAUCCCCAACUAUGACCCACGAGAGAUCGUCAACAACAUUAACCGCAUGCUUAAACACCAAGAUCCUUUGCCUAUGCUUCCCAGCUAUAAGAACUUCAAGGGGGUGAUCCAUGAGUUGGGACUGAACCAGUAUGUGGUCAGUGGUGAGAUCUCCGUCCUUGACAAGAACACCGUUGAGAUCACAGAGCUCCCGAUACGCACAUGGACUCAGGCGUACAAGGAGUCAGUCUUGGAGCCCAUGCUGCAGGGCACAGAGAAAACCCCAGCUCUCAUCUCUGAUUAUAAGGAGUACCACACAGACACCACAGUGAAGUUUGUGGUGCGCUUGUCGGAGGAAAAGCUGGCCCAGGCUGAAGCUGCAGGCCUUCACAAAGUCUUCAAACUGCAGUCUUCUCUCACCUGCAACUCAAUGGUGCUGUUUGAUCACAUGGGCUGUAUGAAGCGGUACGAAUCAGUGAACGAUAUACUGAAGGAGUUCUUCGAGCUGCGCUUGCAUUAUUACAAACUGAGGAAGGACUGGCUGGCUGGAAGUCUAGGUGCCGAGUCAUCGAAACUUUCCAAUCAAGCACGAUUUGUGCUGGAGAAGAUCGAAGGGAAGAUUUCAAUCGAGAACAAGCCUAAGAGGGAGCUGAUCCGGAUGCUGCUGCAGAGAGGCUACGAGUCUGAUCCAGUGGCGGCUUGGACCAAAGCCCAAGAAAAGGCUCUGGAGGAUGAGGAUAAUGACGGCAACAUGAGCGACAGCUCGGUGGACUCCGGCUCCUCGUCAGGUCCUAACUUUAACUACAUCCUUAACAUGCCUCUGUGGUGCCUGACCAAGGAGAAGGUGGACGAUCUUCUAAAACAGAGAGACGUGAAGAAAGCGGAACUAAACGAACUGCUGAGAAAAUCUUCAGAGGAUCUAUGGAAAGAAGACCUGGCUGUGUUUAUCGAAGAGCUGGACCGGUUGGAGGAUCAAGAGCGAGAGAACAACAGCAUGGGGAAGGCAGUGAAGAUGGUCAAAGGAAAGGUAGGCAAGCCCAAAGCGAAGAAGAUCCAGCUGGAAGAGACCCUGCCGUCUCCGUUCGGCCGGCGAGUAGAGCCUCAGAUCACACUCGCCAUGAAAGCUGACGCCUCCAGGAAGAUGACCAAGAAGAAGAAGGGUGAAGCGGAAAUGUCAGUGAAGGUGGAAUUUGACGAUGACAGUUUGAUCGACUCGAACGGUGCAGCAGGAGACAAUUCAAUGAUCUCACCAUCUGGUCUGCCAAACCCUGGUGCCAAACCCAAAACUCCACGUGUUAAAAAGGAGAAGAAGGAACCCGGUAAAGAAUGCAUUCCAAGGCAGAGGAAGUCUCCAGGCUCAGCCAAGGGCUCAAGCAGGAAAACGAAGAAGAGGAAUCCUUGGUCAGAUGAUGACGAAAAGUCUGACAGUGAUGUAGAUGAUGGCGAACAGCUUGUUAUUCCCCGAGACACGGUAUCCAGGAGAGCUUCAGCUGCAAAAGCAAAGUAUACCUUUGACUUCUCUGAGGAGGAGAGAGAGGAACAUGUGGAAGGAGAUCACGAUAACGAGCCACCAGCUUCACCAGUCCACACCUACAAAGAGAGCUUCAGCACGGCACUGAUUAACAAUGAUGAAGAUGAUGACGAUGACAUAUUCCCCCCUAAACCAGCAAUCACUUCGUCUGCCUCAGAGGCCAAGAAGAAGAAGGAACCAGAGAGCAUAUUCUCUUCAUCCAAACAUACGUUCUCGGAGAAGAGCAGUGACAGUGAAGUGAAGUCUGAUAGUGAUGAUGACAGGGGCGCUGCUUUCUCUUCCUACUCCAGCAGCUCAGCGUUUGACAAACCCUCACCUGCUAAGAAAGCUAAGAAGCCUACUGAAGCUGCACCUAAACCGUGGAAACCUCCAUCCACAACCAAGAAACCGGACACCUCUGUGUGGGACUCGGACUCAGACACGGCAGCUAAGAAACCACCAUCAACUCCAUUAUUUAAAGGCCCAGGCAAAGGCAGGGGGAGGAAGAGGAAGCACUCUGACUCAGAGGAAGAUUAUAGACCCUUGAAGAAGACAGGAAAAGUUCCUAGCAGCAGAAAGCCGAAGAAGGCGGCGUUAGAUGAAGACGACGAUGAUGUGAACAGUAAGGGUUUCAGCCGCUUGGACACGUCCCGUGACCGGGCAGGCCGAGCCAAGAAAGAGAUCAAGUACUUCACCGAGUCUGACGACGACGACGAUAUGUUUAUUUAGGCAGCUUAUCAGUACUCCAGUACUCUCUCUCUUUAUCACACACACACACACACACACACACUCUUUCGCUCUCUCUCUCUCUCUCUCUCUCUCUCUUUCUUUCGCUUCUGUCCUUUGUCCUGCAGACUUUUGUACAUUUCUUCACUUGCCAGUUUUAUUUUUCCUUAUUUGUGAUGUUAAAUGCUUUUUACUGUGUAGCUGUUUUACAAUUUUUAUUAUUGUUAUUAAUAUUAUUAUUAUUAUUGUUAUACAGGUUUUUUUCAUCCAACUGUAUUUGUCCUAAGCAGCUUUUAGAAAUUUAGACCAGCACAUUUUAAAUGUUCAAAAUAAGAGACAGUGUACCUUUUGAGAUGAACUUGGAAAUAAACAUGAAAUGUAAAAGGUG